ACUGCUUCAGAGGCAACAACAGUGGGAGAGAGCUGAGAGAGAGGGAGAGAGAGAGACAGACUCAGCACCCAGAGACUGCACUGAGAGACAGACACAGCACUCAGAGACUGCACAGAACAAAAAUGCUCCGUGCUCCCCCUUUCCUCCUUAUCCUUUCCCUAAACCUCCUACAUUCCAUUUUCCUUCAUGCCGUUCCUUUAGGUGAGGAGCACAGACAUCAGAUGACACAUCAAAACUCUGCUAAUGAUCCAGUUCAUUCCUCUAAACUUGAGGUUCACCAAGAAGCUCCUCUUUCUCACAAUCAACUAGAGAAGAGAGAAGAUGCAGCUGAUAUCUCUACAAAUCAGGUGCAGUCUCGGUCUGAAUCAGAUGAUGGAGAUGAACUUUUUAAAGAUAUUAGCCCCAAAGCUCUUGCAGCUGUACUUCUACAAGCGCUCAAUGAAGGGGGUGAAGAACAAGAUUCUUCUACACUGGAGGACAGAAAGCCCUCAGAACAUGAAACGCCUAUAAAAGAGGAAGGGGCAAAUGAAAAAGUGACAGAGAGCAUACAGAGCAAAACUCAAAGCCAUGAGAAUGAGGAAGUAAAGAGUGAGGAUGAGCACUUAGAAAAUGGAGAAGACCUGGAGAGUGUGAAAUCACUGUUACAGGAGUUGGAGAGUUUUGAACCACCGCCUAAAAGAGAGCAGGAACCUUCUCAGGACACCAUCCCAGAUAAUGAGGAUUUGGAGGAAUUGAGGGAACUUCUGGGACUUGAUGAAUCAAAAGAGGAGGAAAAGAGAAACUCUCAAAAACCUCUUCCACACACUCCUAGAAUGUGGGAAGAAGAUAAAGAGGGUGAAAAAUUGGCUGGGGUUGCCCAAGACCUCUUGCUACAGUAUAUUCUGAAUGGAGGAGAAAAUGAAGGAGAACAGCAAGAGGAAGAAGGAGAAGAAAAGGAAGAAGAACAGGAUGAAGAUUACCAAGGAGGGGACUUUAUUGGUGGUCAAAGACCUCUCUUUGAGGAUGAAGAAGGUGAGAAUAUUCAGGACAAGAGAUCAACAGAGGAUGACAUAGAUGAAGUAGACCCCCAAACCAUCGAUAAUCUAAUUGAGUUGUCUACCCGCUUGCACCUCCCAGCUGACGAUGUUGUUGAUAUAAUUAAUGAUGUGGAGAGGAGGAAGAGAAGGAAAAUGAAAAAGAAGAAGGCCCGAGAAUAUCUACCAAGGAGGAAGGAUAGGACAAGGACACCUCCACAAUCCUGGUCUGACACCCCUAAACCUGUCUACUACCCAAGAAGGAGACUGGAUCAACAGCCAAUGUGGAAUAAAGUGUCAGAACCUGUGUGGAAAGUACCAGACUACAACUGGAAAAAGAUGCAACAAGCAUCCUGGAAAAAAGUUUAUGAGCCAUCCUGGAAUAGGGCAAAAUCACCAUCCUGGAAAAAGGUUCCCCAGCAAAGUUGGAAUAACAUUCCAGAUUCAAACUGGAAUAAGGUUCCAGAUUCAAACUGGAAUAAGGUUUCCGAUUCAAACUGGAAUAAGGUUUCCGAUUCAAACUGGAAUAAGGUUUCCGAUUCAAACUGGAAUAAGGUUCCAGAUUCAAACUGGAAAAAGGUUCCAGAUUCAAAUUGGAAAAAGGUUCCAGAUUCAAACUGGAAUAAGGUUUCUGAUUCAAACUGGAAUAAGGUUUCCGAUUCAAACUGGAAUAAGGGUCCAGAUUCAAACUGGAAUAAGGUUCCAGAUUCAAACUGGAAUAAGGUUCCAGAUUCAAACUGGAAUAAGGUCUCAGAUUCAAAAUGGAAUAAGGCUUCCGAUUCAAACUGGAAUAAAGUUCCAGAUUCAAACUGGAAUAAAGUCCAAGAAUCAAAGUGGAAUAAGAUGCAAGAGCCAAGUUGGAACAAGGUGCAAGAUUCAGAUUGGAAUAGUGUUAUGAAUCCAGUCCCUCGCCGUUAUCGCACCCGUCCCUCCUCAUUCAACAACUACAUUCGACCAAGGGCCUUCCAAUAUCCUCCACGAUAUUACUACAAACCCCCUAUUCCACGGAGGGAUGACUACUACGAUGAUGACCAGGACAAGCAAGAGGAGAUGGAGAACUAUAUUGAAAGGAUCCUACUGACUCACCCUGAGGUCUUCCAGUGAUAAAAAAUCCCCAAUCCUGAAGCCCAUCUAUUCUGUUUAACAACUUGUCCCAGUUAAAGAAUCCUAUGCCAUUCAACACAAACCAACUGAAAAAAAUGAGCAUCUUAAUUUAUUUCAAAUCAGUUGAACAUUCAUCCAAGUAGUAGUGAACUCAACUGAUCAAGCACAGACUGUGUAUAAAAAUAUAUACACAUAUCAAUGUAGAGUUGUGUAUGCGAGUACCUGAAAGUAUCGGUGUUUCAACCAGACAUUGCAAUUAUCAAUAAUACCACCCUGGUCUAGAAGUAGAAUCAUUAAAAAAAAGUGAAAUAUGAACAUCAAACUUCCCAAAUUACAUAAUGUGCAAAACUCAAGGAACCUAUCUAACCCAAACUAAUAAUAUGGUUCAAUUAUGCAAUUCUAGUUUUGGUCCUUAUCUGGGUUAUUUAAGAACACAUUAAUUUUGGGGGAUACGGGAUAUAUCACUUGGAAGCCUUAUGUUGUAUUGAUAAACAACUUCCCAUGAAUUACAAGAGCUUAAUAUUCUGUCUAUGUGAUGUGUUAAUAUAUUUUAAGAUGGUUCUGAUAUUUUAAAAAAAUAUUUCAGAAAGCAUAUUUCAUAUAUUUAAAAACGAGUCAAAACUCUGGCACAGUU